AUGGAGGACUUUUCGUAUUCUCUUGCAUUUUCUCCCGAGAGAAAUAGCUCGAACGUUAAUUCUAAUACGCCUCUAUUGUCGCAUAACUCUCCAGGCAUUAAAAGUAGUUAUGCUGUUUCUUCGCUCCGUUGGAAAAUACUAUUUGGUUUCUCCCUUCUUUCGUUUUCGUCUGCCUGUCUAUGGAUCACAUUUGCUCCCUGUCUUUUUGUGUUCAUGUCACAUUACAGACACACAACUCCCUCAUAUAUUAAUUCACUCUCGACCGUCUACAUGUUUAUAUACCCAUUUCUUUUACUUCCGUCUAUAAAGAUUUUUGAUAUUUACGGGUUACGAAACGGGGUACUCUUGGGAGCUUUCUUAAAUGCAUUCGGUGCAUUACUACGGUUUCUCGGUGCAUUUGGGCCCUCGGGAUUUUGGUGUUUGUUUAUGGGUCAGGCAUUCGCAGCCGCUGCAAAUGUAUUUAUCAUUGGUGUCCCUCCGAAAUUGGCCAAUCUUUGGUUUCAAAUUGGAGAACAGAAUAUAGCAAUUGCUGUGGGUGUCAUGGCAAAUAAUGCCGGCAUUGCUGCUGGAUUUAUAUUAUCGCCGUACAUGAUUAAGAAGGAGACUGCAAAAUCGGACAUACCCGAAUACAUGUUAUUACAAUUCGGUGUAUGCACUUUAAUCUACGCGUUUUUGGUAUUCACUUUUGACACUGAUUCUACUAGCAUUACCAUAGAGAGGCGUGCGCAUCAAAUCAAGACAACCUUGUUAUCUACCAUGAAAAUAUAUUUGACGAGUUUGCCAUUCCUUUUACUUUCGACAUCUUUCGGAAUUAUAAUUGGUGCGCAAUACGCGGUCAGCACUUUACUUGCGCAGAUGGUUGUCCCGGUAUUUAGUAUGUAUGACGAGUCUCAAGUUGGUUUACUUGGUUUCUCAAUAGUGAUAGCCGGCGUAAUCGGGUCAUUACUAAUAGGAUUCUAUCUCGACUAUUCUUUCGCGUAUAGAAAUACAUGUCGUGUUUUGUAUAUUGGUGCCACGAUAUCGUUAGCGUUAUUUAAUAUUGGUUUGUGCCUCCAAUCUUUGAAAUUGGUAUUUCUGGGAAGUAUCUGUUUUGGAAUGUUUACGUUUGCAAUUACACCCGCGGUUUUUCAAUUUGUAACCACCAUCAAACUCGCCAAUAACCAGGUAAAAGACGAAAUCACCACCACCGGCAUUCUCAAUUCGGUGGUACAAGUGUGGGGAAUCAUGUUGGUGGCGGUGAUGGAUGUAAUGGAAAAUUCUAAGGAAAAGUUUACCAUGAGAAUAGCGAAUUGGGGUUUAUUUAUAGUGGUGAUGAUUGGGAUUUGGUUGUUAUGGUUAAUAGUGGAAGGAGAGAAAGAAGAUAAUGAUGCUGGAACCAAUGAAGAGAAUCAAGCUUAA